CGACUGACAGUGAAAUCUCCGUCAGAAAAAAGUCAGAAAACGAAGGAAUACAGUUUGAAAUUGAAGAAUCAAUGGCGAACUACUUCGCGUCUCCGAUCGUCGCCGUCACAUGCACGAUCUCAAUUCUUUGUUUAGCCUUAGCGGAAUCUGCAAAUUCACCGUUUAUCGUGGCUCAUAAAAGAGUUUCUCGCACGAAGGUGAAUUCGGAUUUGGAGCGGUUAUCCGUCUCCGUCGACAUUUAUAACGCUGGAUCCAAACCUGCCUAUGAUGUUGCACUCUAUGAUGAUAAUUGGGCUGAAGAGGUUUUCGACACUGUUAUUGGAAAUACAUCCAAGACUUGGGAAAAGCUUGAUGCUGGUUCCCUUGUGUCUCAUUCAUUUGAAUUGGAGUCGAAGGUGAAAACGGUGUACUAUGGGACGCCUGCUUUGAUCACUUACCGUGUUCCCACAAAGUCGAAACUACAGGAAGUGUAUUCAACUCCUAUUCUACCAUUGAGGAUUCUAUCCGAAUCAACUGCUGAGAACAAAUUUCAAAUUGCAAAGAUGCUGUUGGCAAAGUACGGUUCACUAAUUUCAGUGGUGCUUAUCGUCACCAUUUUCGCGAACAUCAUCACAUCUCCAACAAAAGCCAGUGCUGGGAAGAAGAAGCACUGACUUGCCCACAUUAUCUUCUGACUUUUUCGAAGGCACAGAAUCUUUAGAUCGGUUAUACAUUUAAGAGGUAUAGGGGUGGCCACAUUGAGUUAGGGGUGAUAUUUAUAUACAAGGAAAUCUUAACAUUUAUGAAUUUUCACCGGCAAUAUUGAUCAUUUGGUAAGACUAGAGUAUUUCUUUGGUGUUGUGUUAUAUGCAUGAAACUGAAUCUUAUUUACUUUCUCCCUCA